GGGGUUGGUCAUGACUGAAGAGGAGGUGAAAAAAUUGACCCCUAAAGAGAUCUUGGAUAACCUUGAAGCCAUUGGCAGCCACAACAUGAACUCUAACAUUGCUAAGGCACUGUUGGAUAAAUUAAAGGAAGAAUAUGAGCUAUCCGGCCUGUCUAGCGCCCAGCUGAGCAAUAUGGGCUACAUGUUGAAAGGCUUGAGUGUAGCCGACGUGGAGAAGCUGCUUAAGUUCAGUAAUAGUGGGUUUAAAGACUUCCUGUACAAGCUGGGUAUGGGUGAGAUGGUGUUUCCCAAAGAUGUGGCUCUUGCGCCUGAAACAAAGUGAUCACUGAUUACAAAGCGACGGAUAAAUUGGUUGCUGAAGACAUCGUGUUGUUGGGGCAUCUGAUGUGUUUACUGACAACCAACUGACUCCCAUCCCCAAUGCUGAGUUCUUGAAAGCCAUGAGGUACCUUGGAACACUCCGGUGCAGUACCAACACGCAGGCUAAUGCUAGGGGCCUGGCGAAGAAGGCUGUGGCUGCUUAUAUCCACGAUAAUCGUAAAGUGUCUGAAUGGGAUGCUGCUACGUUGGCAGAAUUGAACACCUUAAUUGGUGGAUUAGAGGUGGAUAAAGUUAUGGAUAUUCCUUCCUCAGCGUUUAACGGCCUUACUCACGCCAUGUCAACCAUAACUACUGAUGUCAUCCCGAUCCUAAAGGUAGAACAAGUAAUGAACAUCCAGCCACUUACAGCAGCUGCCAUGACAGGUGAACAGAUAAAUAAACUUGAUGUCAAAGCUCAAGAAGUUCUCAAGGAUUUGUUGCCUAGUUCUCCUAUCAAGAGAGGCUCUGCCCCAGGUGUCACUCUGUGCUUGUCACUUGCUCUGCUUCCCGUGUUGGUGGUGAUGGUGUAAAUGAUCCACACUCUCUCCUUCCUGGACCACCUGCAAGAUGGAUCAAUACUCACUAUGGAUCCACACUGAACACUCAACACACGCUUCAGGAUCCACAGUUCUCAGCCUCAUCAGUGAUCCAGAGAUGAGAGGGAGAUGAUUAAUCUACAAGAGACAAUUUUUGGUUACUGAUCCACCUACCAGUCUGUCUCUUUCUCUACCAGUCACUGAUCCACCUACCAGUCUGUCUCUUUCUCUACCAGUCACUGAUCCACCUACCAGUCAGUCUGUUCUCUACCAGUCACUGAUCCACCUACCAGUCUGUCUGUCUCCACCAGUCACUGAUCCACCUACCAGUCUGUUUUGUUCUACCAGUCACUGAUCCACCUACCAGUCAGUCUGUCUCUACCAGUCACUGAUCCACCUACCAGUCAGUUUGUCUUCUUCUCUACCAGUCACUGAUCCACCUACCAGUCAGUCUGUCUCUCUACCAGUCACUGAUCCACCUACCAGAGUCUGUCUCUCUCUCUACCAGUCACUGAUCCACCUACCAGUCAGUCUGUCUGUCUCUACCAGUCACUGAUCCACCUACCAGUCAGUCUGUCUCUACCAGUCACUGAUCCACUUGCCUGAGUGUUAUCAACCAGUCUCAUUUUGUCAGUCAGUGAUCCAGACUGAGGGGUCUAAUGGAUCAGACUUACUGAUCCAGUCAUUGGUGAUGCUAUACAAUUAAUUAUAAAAGUGCAAUUAAUGGCA